ACGAAGGAGGAAAACACUGGACUGUUGAUGAAGUCAGAGCUCUGAUACACAUAUGGUCAGACAAAAAUAUCCAGCAACAACUGGAGGGGACAGUGAGAAAUAAAAGAAUAUUUGAACAUGUUGCUGCCAGACUUCGGAAGUUCGGAAUUGUCAGGGACUGGAAGCAGUGCAGGACAAAAUAUAAAAAUCUGAAACAUGAAUACAGGAGUGUAAAAAAUGCCCAAGGCUCAGGGAGUACAAGUAAAAGUAUGAAAUUUUUUAAUGAACUGGAUGCUAUUCUGGGGCACAGCGCCAUGGAACAAGAAAAUAAAUCAGAUAAUGAGGAAAGCGGGAGGCCUCCAGAAUGGACAGAAGCAAAAUCAGAAAAGGACACCGUAGAAAUGCCUGGAGACACAGGUGAAGAGGACUCUGUUAGUAUUAUGUCAGAAGACCUACAGAUUGCAGAUAUAAAGAAAGUUUCUGACUCAGAAAUCCUUGAAGAUGAGGACUUCAACAAUUCCUCCUUAGCAGCACUGGAAGCUACACAAAUAAAGAAGGAGACAAUUGACAUAGAUGAUGAUUCUGUAAGUACUACCUCAGAAGACAGAUCUUGUACGCCAGUAGCUAAACGGAUAGUUGGGACAGAUAAUCAUAUUCCCUUGGAAGAAGCACGAAAUCACUUUAGAGUUAUUACAAUUAAUGAUACUGGAGCAGGAAGACACUGGAGCGAUAAUGAAGUCAGAGCUCUGAUAAACAUAUGGUCAGAUGAAAAGAUACAGCAAAUGCUUGAAGGGGCCACGAGAAAUAAAGAAAUAUUUGAGGAAAUUGCCAGAAGGUUAAUGAAACGUGGAAUAGACAGAGACUGGAAACAAUGUCGCACAAAGUACAAGAACCUAAAAUAUGAAUACCGCGCACUACAGAAAGAAAAUGAACACCUUGGUAAUCCUAAGAGAAAAAUGAGAUUUUAUGAGGAAAUUGAUGACAUCUUAAAAAGACAGCCUCUAGUUCCAUCAAGCUGGCGAUAUGAAAGUUCAAGCCUCCUAUCAGUUUCAGUGGGAGAUGUUACAGCAAACACAGGAUCCUUGGGUAUCAAGAGAAAAACAUGGAAUGAUGAGAUGUCACCUGUUCCACUUAAGAAAAGUGCUUCUGAAAACACCAUACUCCAGUUUCAAAAACUGUUAACAGAGAGAGUGCACACAGAAGGCAAAAAGUUACUGUUAGAAAGGCUUUGUAAGCAGGAAGAAAUGCAAGACCUCAACAGAACUCAGCUGUAUGCUGACCCAUCAGCCAUACAACAGGUGCCCCCCGCUGCCGCCGCUCCCGCCGCCAUCGCCAUGGCCCCCGCCGGCUCAGAGCUGAAACUUGGUAAAAAAGUGAACGAAGGUAAAACAAAAGAGGUUUACGAGCUGCCAGAUAUCCCGGGAUGCGUUCUGAUGCAGUCGAAAGACCAAAUAACAGCGGGAAACGCGGCCAGGAAGGACCGAAUGGAGGGGAAGGCUGCCAUUUCCAACACAACGACGAGCUGUGUGUUUCAGCUGCUCCAAGAAGCCGGAAUUAAAACGGCUUUUGUCAGAAAACACAGUGACACAGCAUUCAUAGCAGCUCACUGUGAAAUGAUCCCAAUUGAAUGGGUGUGCAGAAGAAUUGCUACUGGCUCCUUCCUCAAAAGAAACCCUGGUGUCAAAGAAGGAUAUAAGUUUUACCCACCCAAAAUUGAGAUGUUUUUCAAGGAUGAUGCUAACAAUGAUCCACAGUGGUCUGAAGAGCAGCUAAUUGAAGCAAAAUUCUGUUUUGCUGGACUUACUAUUGGUCAGACAGAAGUGGAUAUUAUGGCUCGUUCUACUCAAGCUAUUUUUGAGAUCUUGGAAAAAUCAUGGCAGCCCCAAAACUGCACUCUUGUAGACCUGAAGAUUGAAUUUGGUGUUAAUAUUUUGACAAAAGAAAUUGUUCUUGCUGAUGUUAUUGAUAAUGAUUCAUGGAGACUGUGGCCAUCAGGAGACAGAAGCCAGCAGAAGGACAAACAGUCCUACCGGGACCUGAAAGAAGUAACUCCUGAAGCUCUGCAAAUGGUUAAGAGAAACUUUGAAUGGGUUGCAGAAAGAGUAGAGCUGCUUCUGAAAACAAAGAGCCAAGGUAGAGUUGUGGUAUUGAUGGGAUCUCCUUCUGACCUCAGUCACUGUGAAAAAAUAAAGAAGGCAUGCGCAACCUUUGGAAUUCCUUGUGAGUUAAGAGUAACCUCUGCCCACAAAGGGCCGGAUGAAACUCUGAGGAUCAAAGCAGAAUAUGAAGGAGAUGGAAUCCCAACUGUGUUCGUUGCAGUGGCUGGCAGAAGCAAUGGUUUGGGGCCAGUAAUGUCGGGUAACACUGCUUACCCAGUUGUCAACUGUCCUCCACUCUCAGCUGACUGGGGUGCUCAGGAUGUGUGGUCCUCUCUCAGACUACCCAGUGGUCUCGGCUGUCCUACUACUCUGUCACCUGAAGGAGCUGCUCAGUUUGCUGCCCAGAUAUUUGGGUUAAACAACCACUUGGUGUGGGCCAAACUGCGAUCAAGCAUGUUAAACACAUGGAUCUCCUUGAAGCAGGCUGACAAAAAGCUUCGAGAGUGCACCUUGUAAGUCAAACUAACGAGUAACUUUUUCUAGCUACACAAAACUAAUGGCGUGUACAUUCCUUUGUAUUAGGGUUCUCAGUUGGAUGAGCUGAGAAAUUCUGCAUCUUUUCUAACAGAAGAAAGCAUCUUUAGAGCAGUAGACAAAGUCUGCUGUGUCCUCACCCCUUUCUUCUGUACUUCUUUUGGUUUUAGGUUUUUUAAUAUAACUUAGUAAAAGAUGGGGAAAAUAGUAUUUUAGUUAUCUUUCUGUUGCUCCAAAAUAGUGCUGUUCUGCUUUUCAGUGUAGACUGUUAACUACAGCUGAUGUUCACGUCAAGAUAAUGAUUUGGUGAUUCAAAUAGAAAUCCCCUUGUUUUCUGUUUCUGUAACAGUAAUAUUCUUCCAUAGUAAUAACGUAUGUCCUGAACCUUAUUAACUCGACAGGACUAACUAAAACUAGUACUGAUACUGUUCUGCUUGCAAUGAUGGUAUGCUUUCCUUUAGCAAUAAAAUGGCAACAUAUGCUGUAUUAAUAACAAAAUAACGUGGAAAAAUGUAAGAGCCUGAAAGAAAUAUCUGCCUUAUUUAAAAUCACAAACAUCCAUUAUAUUUUUUCAUGUGUGUAUGUAUGCACAUAUACAUCCCAUCACCUCAAACGAUGUGAUAAAGUUGACAUCAGUUCUGUUGUUCACAAGCUAUAGAUCUGAAUGGAAUUGUAACUAGGCUUGUUGCCUACUUGCUGUAGCCCUUGACUAGUCAAGUCUUUGCCCUUUUCAAUACUAGGCCAAUCUCUAAAGGACUUAUGUGGUGUUGUUGUCAAAUGAUCCUCAUACACUUCAAUAACUCUAGCUUUAUGUGUAUUUCUUCACUUUGUUUCUAUGGGAAUUGUACUGAACUGAAGGUGGGAAAAAAUGGUAAAGCACCCAACUACUGUGGGAAAUCCAAGCAUGAUUGUCUUGUCUUUGCACAUACCAUUCUUCUAAAUAGGUACUGAUUCUAAGAAAUAUAUGCAAUUAUUCAAUGUAUGUAACAUUCAUGCUUUUAUAAUUAAAUAAACUAUUGAAUUCAAA